AUGAAAUCAUCGAAAUUUGUUACUAAAAUAAUCAAUACAACCAUUAAACAAGGUGAAACAGCUACAAUUGAAUGUCAAAUUGAUGCUCUUCCUUUACCUACGAUCCCUUUAUUACGUAAUGGAAAAUCAUUAACACCUAAAGAUGUUAAUGAUGAUACUUAUGAAUUAGUUAUUUCUAAUGUUACGUUAGAAGAUAAAGGCAAUUAUAAAGUUAUUGUUUUAAAUCCUCUUGAAGAUAAAGAAUCUCAAUGUAAAAUAACUGUUAUUGAAUCAACAGAUCUUAAAUGAUUACCAAAACCAACAAUUAAAUGGCUUUUUAAUGGACAAGAAAUAACACCAUCAGCUAAAUAUAAAAUUAAAUCAAAAGGAAAUAUUAAUAAAUUAACAUUACCUAAAGUUGAUCUUAUUGAUACAGAUGUCUACGAAGUUAUUGUUUCAAAUGGUCUUGAAACUAUCAAAGCACAAUCAAAAUUUGAUGUUUGUAUCAAAUCUAAAGUCGAAGGUAAACCUAUCGAUAUUAAUGUUAAUAUUGGUGAACCAGCUAAAUUACAAUGUAAGAUUUCUGCUUCACCAGCACCAACAAUCACUUGGCUUAAAGUUGAUCAACCUCUUCAACCAUCGGACAAUGUCACUCCACAUACUGAACCAGAUGCAACAAAUAUUGGUGGUACAACAGACGUAAAAUCAAAUUUAAAUGUUCAACAAAUAAAACCAAAUCUUAAAACUGAUUUGAAUAAAGAUAUAAUUGCUCAAUCAGGUGAAACAAUUCCAUUAAUAAUUAAAGCAUUAGAUACAACAACUGGUAAAAGUACAUUAACGAUUAAUCAAGCAACACAAAAACAUGCUGGUCCAAUAACAUUACGUUUAGAAAAUUCUGUUGCAACAUCAAAACCAACUAUUAAAUUAUAUAAAAAUAAAAUUCAUAUAGCAUUAACUAGUGAUCAUUAUGAACUUGUACCGAGUCCGACUGAUUCAACAACUUAUGAAAUCAAAAUCAAAAAUGUUCGACCUGAGGAUGAAGGAAAUUAUCGUAUUCAUAUUGAAAAUCCUUUAGCAAGUAUAGAAUCCAAUGUUCAAGUAACAACAGUUGAUAAUGUAUCAAUUAAACCAUCAUCAAAACCAAAUAAAACCGAUUUGAAACAAUAUGAUACAUUAGUACUUGAAUAUAUUGUUGAUGGAAGACCAAAACUUGAUAUUACUUUUAUCAAAGAUGAUAAAGAAAUUAAAUCAUCUCCUAAAAGACAAAUAGUUUAUGACGAAAAAACAAAAGUUUGUCAAUUAGUGACAACAGAUGUUGAACAAGAAGAUCUAGGUACUUAUACAUUAGUAGCAAAAAAUAAAUUAGGUAAAAAAGAAACAGAACCAGUUAAAGUUAAUGUUACUGCACCAAUUGUUGUUAAAAUAAAAUUACCAGAAACAAUUGAUGGUGUAUUUGGUAAACAAACAACUUUAACUGUUGAAGCGGAAGGUAUUCCUCAACCGAAAGUAACAUGGUUGUUCAAUGGUCAACCAUUGAAAACAUCACCAAAACAUAAAAUUGAAAUACUAAAAGAUAAACCAAAUCAAACGGCUUUAACAGUUACUCAAUUAGAUACAACUGAUGCAGGCAAAUAUACUGCUGCUAUUGAUAAUGGUCUUGAAAAAGUUGAAACAAAUACCACAUUAAAUGUUCAUACUAAACCUAAAUUUGAAUCUAAAUUUGAACCAAUAAUGACAUUUAAUAUUGAUUUUCAACCAAUUCAAUUUGAUAAAUGUAUUUGUGUUGUCAUUGAAGAAUAUAAUCUCUAUAAAUUAGUGAUUGAUGAUUUACGUUCAGAAAAUAAAGAAACAUUAAUUCGAGAAAAUGAAUCAUCACUUCAUUUAUUUGCUGAAUGGAUUAUUAUUAAAUAUAUCAAUAAAAUAUUUGAAUAUAUUACUCCAUUAUCAAUAUAUUCGAAUUUUCAUAUUCGAACAUUUUCAUGUUCGACAAUAAUUAAAUUACUUGAAUUUAUUGAAUAUCAUCAUCUAGAAAAUGAAACAUCAUAUGAAUUAUAUCAAUGUUUUAAACAAAACGAUGAAAAAUCUGAGCAAAAUGAAGAAGGAUUUUCAACGAUUCAACAUAAAGCAAAUCCAUAUCCGAUUGUUGAAGCACUUAAUGAUACUAAAUUAAGAGAAAAUAUUAAACGAAUUCAAUUGACUGUUGUUACUUCACUUAUUGAUAAACAAACAAAUUUAGGUGGUUUAUGUCGAAUCGAUGAAGUUUUUGAUGUACAAGAACGUGAAUUAAAGGAUUAUUUAAUUGAUAUACAAGUUCAGGGAUAUACAAUUGUUACUGUUGAACAGACAAUCAAUAGUCAAAAUUUAUAUGAAUAUCAAUUUCCAGAGAAGACAUUACUUCUAUUAAGAGGUAUUCGAGCUGAUCUUUUAUCUUUAGUUGAUGCAACAGUGGAAAUUCUACAAGCCAGUGUUAUUCGUUCUUUAAACGUCCAUGUUAGUGAUGCUCUGUGCAUAUUCGAAUAUACACGAAAGUAUCUCAAUUUUAUAAAAUAA